CUAUUCCGGAGUCGUCCUUUCAUCUACUGACAGUAAAUUCCUAGCGUUAUCCACAAAUUUUCUUCUCAAGUUUUACCUUCAAAAGAAAUUGCCUUUUAAAAUUCUGUGAAGUAGUAUUUAUACAUCCAACAAGGGUAACUUCACCACUCAGCAAUUUCUUUUGAAAGCCCCCUAUUAAUUGUGUUGUUCGAUUUUGGCGCCAAACCCCAUGGAAGCCGUGGAGGACCUUAAAACCCUACUCUCCGAGCAAAGCUGUGAGUUCGCGGCGGCUCAGGCCGUCGAUUCCGACCUCUGCUUCGCUUACCAACUCCAAAUUCAAGAAGCCAUGGCCGCCUCCCUCUCUCAGAACGGCGGCGUUCCGGGUUCCUCAAACCUUGACUUCCCUGUUGAUGAGAAAGCGACGGAAAUGUUUUCCGAUGAUACCCUGUGUGUCGUUGCUGAAGAAAUCGCUCUCUACGAACAGCAACUACAGGAUCAAUUGGUCGCCGAGGAUGAGAUGAAAAAAUUCCGGGAUGAUCUCAACCGUCGGAUUCACGAUCGGGCCUUUGCCCGGGAGAUUCUCAGUAUUCCGGAAGUGGAAUGGGAAAAGACAGGGGAUGAUGUAGAGAAACCUUAUCUUGAGGGCUCUGCUCCUGGGAUUGGCAUGGACAUUGAUAAUUUGGAAUCUUUCAGGGUUCAUAUAAAGGGUUUAAUGGGUAACGAGACGGUUGGGAAUGGGGAAGGCAACUCCACCUUCGUCGGAGGGAUUGGAGUGGCGGUUUGUGACGCGAAUGAUUUGUUGGUUUUUGAGGUGAGUAAAGGGGUUGUUGGUGGUGAAAUGAGUGGUGAAGUUGUUCAAGUGAAGGCUUUGGUUGAAGGGCUUCACGUUGCAACAAUAUUGGGAUUGAAAAAGAUACUCCUUGUUUGUGAUAGUGAUCUCAUACACCAAUUUUUCGCAGGAAAAUGGUAUCCAACAGAGGGAAAUCUUGCUACACUGGUUGGUCAAGUUACUCUUCUAAUGAGGAAUUUGCCUCAUUGCCGCUUGUCUCUUGUGGCGCAAAAUGAUGUCAAGUUUGCCUUCAAACUAGCUCAAGAUGCCGUCGUCUCUCAAGCUGAAAAGCUCAUUGACAACUUAAGUGGAAAACAAGUUAUUGAGACAUGUUCCAUUUGUCUUGAAGACAUCAAUGCGAGUCAGAUGUUCUCUGUUGAUGGUUGCAUGCAUAGAUAUUGUUAUCCAUGUAUGAGGAGGCAUGUUGAAGUUAAGUUGCUUUAUGGAUUCUUACCUCAAUGCCCUCACGAGCAUUGCAAAUCUGAACUUAAAACUGAUGAUUGCAAAAAGUUCUUGACUCCGGAGUUGUCUGAGAUGAUGUGCCAGCGUUUUAUGGAAGCAUCCAUUCCUGCAGCUGAAAAAGUGUACUGUCCAUACCCUUCUUGUUCUGCGCUGAUGUCCAGAUCAGAGUUUGUAGGCGAUGGACUGAAAUUGUGCAAAAAGUGUAACCGCCCUUUUUGUAGUGAGUGCGGGGUGAUUUGGCACGAUAAUAUAACUUGCUCUGAGUACAAGGAAAAAAAUCCAUAUCCAUGUCAUGAAGAUGCAGAGCUCAAAUCUCUAGCAACAAAAAGUCUCUGGAGGCAAUGUAAUAUGUGCAGAGUUAUGGUAUCACUUGUUGCUGGUUGCAACCACAUCUAUUGCAGAUGUGGGUACGAAUUUUGCUACAUUUGUGGAGCUGCAUGGGUGAACAAGAGAGCAACAUGUACCUGUCCAUUGUGGGAUGAGCAGAACAUAGUCUAUGAGCGGUAGAUUCGUGAGAAAAAACUCCCGGAACAAGUUGUUGGUUUAGGGAAUCAGUCUUCUUUAUAGAUAGACUUAGAACUGAACACCAGUUUUUUUGUUUUGCGAACCCAGGGGAAAUCUAGCUGAAGUUUUAAUCUUGAACUGUG